GCGGUGGGUGAGGCCGGGGCUGUCAUGUGACGGCGCUGUGUGCUCGCAGUCAGUGUGACAGUGGUCUCUGAGGUGUGCGGGCCGGAGAUGGAGCGGUACCUGCGCGGUGUGCUGAUGUGCCUGCUCGGCUUAGGGCUCAUGACGGAAGCAUUUGAAGUGGAGAUAAAAGAUGGAUCCAAUGCCUGUAUAUACGCCAGCAUGAAUGUCAACUUCACAAUACAAUAUGAAACCAACAGUAACAAAUCUAGCAAUGCAACCUUGGUUGUACCUGAUAAAGUGACCACGGAUGGCAGCACUUGUGGUGGCAAAGAGGUAGCUCCUUUAUUGGUGGUUAACUUUGAGAGCAACCAUUCCCUGCGUUUGAACUUCACCAGUGAUGGUACUGUGUACCGUGUCGACAUGAUCGUCUUCACCUACAAUACUAAUGACAGCUUACACUUUCAGGAUGCCAAAACAAAAGGGCUCUUCAGUACUUUCAAGUCUGUGGAUAUAGCCAUACCAGUGAAUGCAACCUACGUAUGUCUAAAUGAAGCGGUAGUGGUAACAGAAAAUGUCGUGCAAGUCUACCAGAAUGUUUCCCUGCUAGCGUUCUCCCAGGAUAAGCCAUUUACAAAAGAGUUUCAUUGCAGCGCGGAUGACUCAACGACCCAAGCUCCAGUUACUCCUAAUGUAACUACACCUAACACGCCAUCAACCACCCCAACACCAACCACAAAACCUAUGGAUAAACCCACCAUCGGCAACUAUACGGUUUUAAAUGGGACAGAGACUUGUCUCCUGGCUUCCAUGGGUCUGCAGCUUAAUGCCACUCUGCUUGUUGAUGGAAAGACUGUCUGGACCCCACUUAAUAUUGAUCCUAAAAAUACCACUAGUUCUGGAAGCUGUGGCAACGACAGUGCUCUUCUGAGGCUCAACGACAGUGGCACUACUAUUGUGGAAUUUCUUUUCUUGGUUAAAAAUAAGAACUUUUAUCUUCAAGAGGUUAAUGUCACUCUCGUGAACACUUCAGGUAUGUCUGUAAGAACAAACAGCAACCUGAGCUUGUGGGAAGCGUCACUGGGAAGUUCAUACCUGUGUCACAAAGAACAAACCAUCACGGUGUCUGAUGACCUCUACGUUAAUACUUUUGAUGUCAGAGUUCAGCCCUUUGGUGUAAAGAAUGCGACAUACGCUACAGCUUCUGAAUGUUCCCUCGACGACGACAACAUUUUAAUUCCAAUCAUAGUUGGCGCCGCACUUGCAGGCUUAAUUGUCAUUAUAGUGAUUGCUUACUUAAUUGGUAGAAGAAAAACCUAUGCCGGAUACCAGACCCUAUAAUUGUCACCCCGCUGCCCUCUGAUUUGAACUUUUUGAAGUGGGUGCAAGUUAAUCUGCAACAUGCGUCUUUCCCACUAUUGACUGUUUCAGGCUACGGCCAUUGCGUGUCCUCAGCGGUCGUGGAGCUACAAGUUCUGUAAUGCAGCUUUGCCAUCAUGGCAUGCUAGGACUUGUAGAUACAUGACGGAUGCAGGCUGUCAGUGUCCUGCAACAAAGAAUAUUUCGUUGAAUGCUGCUAAAAUAGAAGGGAACACGUCACAGCCCCCGACCAUGUUGUUCAGUCUUGCAGUUGCUUUUGUUUCAUUCCAAAUUAGAUGUUUAUUAGGGAAAGGACACAUGUAACGGCAGCAGCGAUGCGGGUUAAAACUGCGUUGGCAUGCAGUUUUACUGCAGAUUGGCACCAUUGUCAAUGGUUGCUGGUAGACCUCAUAUCAGUGCGGUUUAUAGCUGCCACAUGUGACCUUACCCGAAUCGAGUCCUUGCUGUUACUUAGGAUUUGACAUCAGUAAUAAACCACUCAGCCGAGGUUCACUCCUGUAUUACAUCCAAAUACAGCAGGACCUCCCACUGUUCUGCUGCCUCUUCAAACAUAGCUGCCCAGGUAUAGCCCUGUGCUCCUAUCAAAUAUGAAGAAAACUGGUCCAUUUAGCAUAGUAUAAACAUGAAUCCAGGAAACAUUAGCCAUCAUGGGCCCUCGUGUCCAUGUCCAGGCUCAUAUGGGUCUCCUUUUAACAACACGGUCUAAUGGACAUUGGCUUUGGCACCAAAUCACGGCUUUCUCUGAGCAAAUUAGGAAAUGAAA